AUGCGGAGACCGAGAAUUUUCGAAAUUUUCACAAUUCUCAUUCUCUUUGCAAUCUCAGUUUAUUUUGCUGGAAAUGAGGGAAGAGAAAGAUUUGAGAGAAGGAAGUUUGGAGAAUUUUUAUCAGCAGAAUUUUAUUCUGAACGUGAUGAAGCUGAAGAUCGCUUUUCUGUGGAUUUGGGAGAGAGGAGAAAUGAGUUGAAGGCAAAGUUUGAUGAAAGUUUGAAAGAAGAACUGACGGAAGCGGCUUAUCAGAGGGAGCUCCUUAAGUUUUUGAAGAACGAAGAAGCAAAAGAGUCAAUCGCCGAAUUCGAGCUCGCUCUAGAAUCUGACCCCUUAGCUUACCAACUGCCAAACAUCGUGGUUACUGGUGCGAAAAAGUGCGGAACAAAAGCUCUCCAGCGAUUUUUCGGGCAUCACCCUCAAGUGAUCAGGGGUUAUGCGGAAAGUCCUUUCCAGACUCUUGAAGACUCAGAAUUAUCGUUCAAGAAUUACCUAAAGAAUCUUUAUCGAAUCUGGUCGCUGGAAGAUUUGAGGAAGAAAAUUGAAGAGAAUCUGGAGUCUGAUCGAGAGAACUUCUUCAUGGCAAAAACUGGCAUGGCUGGAAUCAAAUGGCUCCUUGAUUAUCUUGAAGAAAAUCCAGCUCUUCUCGAAAAGCAUGAAAAUCUGAAGACAUGGAAGAAAAAUGUUCAAUGCAUCACUAUUCUAUGUGAUCCUGUUCAUCGGCUUCUCUCUGAUUUCAAGCAUAUGAAAGAUGACAAAGCAGGUCACAUGGGACAUUUGAACAAGAAAACACUUGGGUCAGACUCCGCGCUGAUGCCGUUGGCGGACUUGAGUUUCGACAAAUAUGUCGAGACUUACUUGCCUCUUUUGACGGAAAAUGCAAAUUCUGAAGGCGUUCCUAGAGAAAUGACCACAGUGAUGGCGAACGGCGCGUACGGAUAUCUCUACAAAUACUAUCGAUCAAACACGGGCGAUCCAAAAAUCUUCGCGAACACUGGUCUCAUCCUUGAUGGAAAUUCUCUCAAAUCAAGGCCUUGGGAGUCGUUUCAGUGGAAUUUGCAUGUUAAACCAGAGAGAUAUCGAUGGAUUGUUUUGGGCAUUUUCUUUGGAAAUGCAUUUCUUGCCUCCUUCCAAUGGGUCAACUACAUCAUGGUCCCCGACCUUUUCGCCUCCUUUUUCCAUACAUCUUUCUCCACCAUCUCCUGGACGACUCAAAUCUACAUGGUUUCCUUUUGCGUUUUUAUGUUGCCGAUAAUCUGGUGGCUCGAACUCAGAAACAUCAAAGUGGCGCUUAGGGUCGGGUCAUUUUUGGCAGCGGCGGCGGCGUUGGCAAAGUGUGUGGUGAAGCCGAAUAUGCUGCCUUUGCACUUGGUGGCGCAGUUGUUGAGCUCGAUGAGUAAUAAUUUUGUAUUCAUAAUGCCAGGAGUCAUUGCCGAGCGAUGGUUCCCCCUUGACGAGCUCUCUUUUGCCACCGCCAUUGCAGCGGGAGGAAUGAUUUUUGGAAAUUCCGUUGGCUACCUCCUUCCUGCGCUGAUUAUCAGAGCGCUUCCGGAGCUCCCGCCAUCUAUAACUGCGGCAAAAAAGAGACAAGAACCUGAAAAGCUUGAUUAUCUUGAUACAGUCAAAGCUUGUCUCCAAACUUCAAAAAGCCUUGCGAAGAAUACUAAUUGGCUUUUACUUCAAGCUGGGGGAUCAAUCUCGGCCGGAGUGUUUUUCGCCCUCUGUACCCUUAUCAAUCAGAUUCUAAAGCCCUCAUUCUGCGAUGAAAUCGACCCGAACGGCGUGAACAAGAUCAUUGGCGGAAUUUCCUUCGUCAUGCUCGUUGCCGGUGCUUUUUCGGGCCCGAUUGUUGGCACACUCGUUGAUAAAACAAAGCUCUUCAAGACUUUUACCCUUUCGAAUACCGUGGUUUUUACACUUUGUUUCGUCGGAGUCACGAUUUUGUUUCACCACGGGCUGGUUUGGGCGGAUUUCGUGCUUUUUGGGCUGAUUGGUUCUUGCGUUUCAUCGAUGUUCAAUCUCAUUAUGCAGUUUAGUUUCGAGCUGACGUUUCCCGAGCCAUGCACAUUUGUUGCGGGUUUUAUCGGAAUUCUACAGCAAUUAUCUGGAGUAAUUCUAACUCAAAUUGCUCAAGCGAUUCUUCUCAACAAGGACUCUUCUCAAGACUGCCCACCGAAAGAAGCCAGCUUCAACUGUUUAAUUUUCCUUUCCUCCUGCCUCGUUGCUGCUACCAUUUGCUGCUCAUUGGUCAAGGAAGAUCUAAGAAGAUUAAAUGUUGAAAAUGAAGAUCCUCAUUCGAGUAGACCAAAAGAGUAG